GCCCCCGACUCGGCGCUCGGCUGGGCUCGGGCAUUUCCGCCUCUUUGUUUUAAACUCCGGACGGGUUUUUUUUCUCCUCCUCUUGGGGGGGACCCUGAGGAGCGGCGCCCCCUCCCCCUUCCGGCGAGGCCCCGCGUGCGCCCCGCUCGCCCCCGCCCGAACCUGCAGGCUGCUGACAGCGGGGCCGUCUGAUGCUUCCUGGUGAUGACAGAUCAGGAGGUUAGCAAGAGGCGACCGUGAGCUGCGAGCCGUGAGCCGCUCUCCUGCCCCUGGGGACUUGCAGCCAGGUCACAGGCGCUCUGUGGGCCACACUACCCAGGCCUCACGAUGUAGCACGGAGUCCGGGCUCUCUCACAGAAAAUGGAAAAAGAUCAAGGCCCAGGAGGAAGGUGCAGACACGAACCAGGGUGCGGAGUGCGGAGGAACGGCCGCGUCCCAGAGCUGGCCUAGGCUCCAUGCCCUGGCGGGAGGAAGGACGCGCGGCGUCUCCAGGAGAAGCCAAAGAUGCUGACCAGAAAGAUUAAGCUCUGGGACAUAAACGCCCACAUCACCUGCCGCCUGUGCAGCGGGUACCUCAUCGACGCGACCACAGUGACGGAGUGUCUGCACACGUUCUGCAGGAGCUGCCUGGUGAAGUACCUGGAGGAGAACAACACCUGCCCCACCUGCAGGAUCGUGAUCCACCAGAGCCACCCUCUGCAGUACAUCGGCCAUGACAGAACCAUGCAGGACAUUGUGUACAAGCUGGUGCCAGGCCUCCAGGAAGCGGAAAUGAGGAAACAGAGGGAAUUCUAUCACAAACUGGGCAUGGAAGUGCCGGGCGACACCAAGGGCGAGGCGUGCUCUGCCAAGCAGCACUCGGAUCCCCACCGCAAUGGUGAAACCAAAGCAGAUGACAGUUCAAACCGAGAGACGGCGGAGGAGAAGCAGGAAGAGGACAAUGAUUACCACCGAAGCGACGAGCAGGUGAGCAUCUGCCUGGAGUGCAACAGCAGCAAGCUGCGGGGCCUCAAGCGCAAGUGGAUCCGCUGCUCCGCCCAGGCCACCGUGCUGCAUCUGAAGAAGUUCAUCGCCAAGAAGCUGAACCUGUCCUCCUUCAACGAGCUGGACAUUUUAUGCAAUGAGGAGAUCCUGGGCAAGGACCACACGCUCAAGUUCGUGGUUGUCACGAGGUGGAGAUUCAAGAAGGCGCCCCUCCUGCUGCACUACAGGCCCAAGAUGGACCUGCUGUGAGCGGCCUCGGCCUCGGCCCAGCACCCCAGGUGCCGCACGCGGACCGUGCCACCGCUCUGAAAGUUGCCUCUGCGUGUGGUGUGGACCUGAUUUCUGAAUAGAGAAUAUUUAUAACUUUUGUAUGAGAGAAUUCACACUCAGCAAGACGCAACCAGCACCACGCUGACCAGGAUGAAAACACUUCACAGUCUCACGCAGCCCAGUCGCACCUGCCUUUGCUUCCGACUCCCGGGCCAGAGCCUCGAGGUGGGGCCACGAGCCCUGCGGGCACCUCCGCUUGAUUUCCAGGUCCUCUUCGGUUCAGUUUAUAAAUUAGGUUUCACGAUAAGCCUCAAAAGUACUCUUACGUUUCUUGAAUCCUCUCUAAGUUAUUGAAAAAAAAAUCUUUUCAUGGUGAAUGACAAUAUUUAUGUUGCCUUUAGCUUCCUGAAGAUUUAGAAGAUGUGUGAGAGUUUAAUUUAAAAGCAAACCAAAAGGGGUUUCCGUUGAUACUCUGAUAACCGUGGUAUUUGAUUCUCUGCCUUUCAAGACAGCACAGCAGCCGCUGCCCUGGCCCUCGGCCUCUGUGGCGUGUGACGUCCAAGGCCUGGGACAGACGCUCUCUGCAGGGCCCCGUGCACUGGGUCCUCCCCGGCCACCCUGUCAUGACAGCGGUGGCCCAGGCCUCCCGUGGUGACUCCGCAUACUCACAGGGUAGACCAGAGCUGGCUUCACUGGCUUCAUGCUGGUUUGCAGAACAAUUCUUGUUUGUAAGAAUUGCUUGCUAACGAGGGCACACACUGCUCAGUGCCAGCGUUUAUUUUCCUGUCAUUCUUUCCCGUCGUUGUCUGAAGAGAGAAGUGGGUUGUGUGGGUGCCACCUGCAGGCAGCUGGGCUGUAGGAGCUGCAGCAGCCGCUCCCUCCCUCUCGCUCGGUGGAAACCACUGCUGUCUUCCGGCUGAGGGCGUGGGCACUGGGGCGGGCAGGCUGAGGGCUCCAGAGGGAAGUGGUCUCCUCAUACGAGCUGCCUGCUUGGUCACAGGCAGCACGCGCCUUGGUGACGUCUCUCUCCUCCAAGGUCUUAGUUUUUGUCACUUUCAGGUCCUUGCCAGCACACACACAUAUUUGUUCCUUGAAAUUAGGAGGGCGCUCGGUUGAGUGUGUUGUCGCCCCCGCCACGGUCCUGUUCCGUUCUUGAACUGCUGGGUCGCUGCCCCUCCCUCCUUCCUCCUGUAGGGCAUGGGGUGAGCUCCGGGUGACCACGACCCAGCAGUGCUGUAGGAUUCACCUUUGACCUCCUGACUGGAUGUUUCCUGGGCUCCUGGAGGAGAACACCCCUGUUCUGCUUCCUGUUUCCUACACGGAAGUGCAGAAGCAGCUGCCCCUGAGUCCCAACCUUAGUGAUGAGAAAAGGAUUCAAAUUAGUCCCAUUCAAGUGAUUUUUAAUGUGAGGCCUUUGUAAACCAUAAAAGUUCUUUUUUAGGAAUUGGUCAACAUUCACCUCUUUGUUUAAGUCCAUGAACUCCCAGGUUGUCCCGUCCGUUCGCUGUCCAUCCAAAUCGCUUCUCAGAGUUGCUGUACGAGGGUUUAUGAGUAAGUGUGUAUGAGUAAAUAUUACCUGUCUACCUCAAAACACCCACCGCGAAGCAUCCUGUGAACGCGUCCGUCUAAGUGUAACACUAGAACUUAGGUAUUUUCCUGUGUGAUGAAACUAAAGGGUUAAACAGGUGCCAGCCUCCAAAUUCAAGUAAAAUUAACUCUGUUCCGGUCAUAAUCUCAUGGUGUAUAUUUGUAACUUUGUAGCUACCUUUGGAAUCACUUGACUUUGCUAUGGUGCUAAGUUGAUACAUUUAAAUACACAGAGAGAUGGGGAAGUCGGCUAGGCUCUCCUGCUUUUGUAACCGUGUUAACCUGAUAAAACCUCAGCAGCAAAAGUACCUAUUUUUCUAAGAUUUCAUCAUGCAGACUGUCUCCACUACAGGACCACGUCCCUGGCGACCGUCCGCCUCUUCCUGGCCUGACUUUGUAGCCUUACGCAGUUGUGACUGGAGCGUGCUGCACCUGUCCUGCCGUCUGACGGAAGCUUCCAGGGGUCUGGCUUCAUUUCUCUCAAGCUCUCCUUUACCACCACAAGGCCGAAUUUCAUUCUCUCCAGCAUGAAAGCUAGGAUCAGUUACUGAUUGGCUCCUAGUGAGUUUUUUUUAACAGAUGGAGUUACUGUGAAGUGGUUUUCACAAUGUGUUUGCUGGCACUGCAGAUGCUGUCAGGCUACCUUCCUGCGUCGUCUCCGACAGCAGUGGGACUCAGUACCAGCACGUGGUCUCACUAGACACCAUUUUCAUGGAAAUAGAAAAUUCAGAUAGAGUAUAUAAUAUUGAAUUUAAGAUUUGGGGGGUUAAAAAAAGAAAACUUAACUUUAUAAAAUUAUUUAUUCUAUUUUAAGCCUUCUAUCGUAUUUUCCCAUCCAGUCGUCGUUCCCGUGGCCCGGCUUUAUUUACAGGCAUAUAAGAUGAAAUUGUGACAUGUUUUGCAAGCUUCUUUUUACUUUGAGUAGCUUUGAAUUUGUAUGUUUUUUAUGGAUGAAGAGCAUUUCUCUAUGCUUUUGUGCAAUAGGCUCCAGCGUGCAUUCAUUAGACACCUGUUUAAUCGUAACGUAGCAUCUAUCCUGCUCACCUGAAAGGGAGCACGAGUGGAAUCUCUAAAUCGAUACAUCAGGGAUUUGGAUUUUCCCUUUCCGCUGUCAUUGGAUCACGGGCGUGCACGCGUGUGUACCUGUCGGCAGUAUUCAAAACCAAGUGGCUGGGCAGGCAGCAGGAGGCGGGCAAGGUGGCCCCACGCUGGGCUCGCCAACCUGGGAUCUGGUGCCCUUGGGCCGGGUGCCCUCAGCCAAGCUGCCCUGGGCGUGGGGAUGAAGUGGGCCCUGGGGUCUGCCCUCGGGUGCCCGUUUGGUUAGUCCGUAACCGUGCCCAGGGUUGCCCUCUGCCGUGGUUGGAAAGGUGGUGCUGGGUUGAGUGAGCCAGCUGAUUCUGUGUUGUACGUGAAUAUUUAACGUGCUCUCAAAAUACUGAAAUUUGGUACAGAUGGCUAAAUCAAAAAGAUCCAGUUUCUGUGUUUCUUCAGGAACCAGCUGACCUCUGGUGAGGAACAGCUGUGGUUCUCUGCCUUGAUGCUUCAGCAAACUAAGGAAAUUGGGAUAAAUGGGUUAGGGAAUCAGUGCGGACUGUACUGUGAUCUUUACAGAAAUCGUGUCCCCCGUCGACGGGAUGGGGCAGGCAGAGGCUCCUGUGGAGGGGAAGGGCUGGGCCGCCGCCUCCAUCCCAUCCAGCAUAGUCCACUCCCAUCCAAGAGCGCACUGAAGUCUGGGCGUCCCCGAAGAUGUGUGUGUAGCCUUAGUGUAGGUGUCUGUUCCAGGAACCUCGCUGGAAACCAGAAAUGAAAGUAGUAGAUGGUGAAGGGACAUAGUUCAGCCACUAAGCCUUUAUCAGCAUGGACGGCAGCAGAGGAAACCGUACAGUGUAUGGAAAUGAUAAUGCAGAUACAUAUUUUUGACUGUUUAAUUUGAAAGUUUACAUUUUUUAUGCUUUGUGUUGGUGUGUAAUUUUUGUACUAUUGGUGGCUAGUUUUUGUCUAAGAUCUUUUUUGGAAUAUUGCUUAAAUGUUUUGGUUUUCCUGACAGUGAAGCUUGUAUUCAGUGUUUUGCCAAUUAAUAUUAUAUGCUUGUAAUAAAAGCAAGAGAAAACAACUAAACAUC